CCGUGAAAAUCGAAACCGGAAGGCUCAUAUAUCUAUCAGUUCUAGGGUUCCGAUCAUUGCCUUCAAUCCCCAAUUCCACAACACAAACCCUAUAAAGAAACCCAAAUGCAUCCAAAACCGCACCAAAUCAUGGUCCAAUCACUGGACCUUCGAAUUCGCUCUCAAUCCAUAACCAAUCAUGAAACUCUUUCCGAUCUCAAACGCUCUCUCUUUCCCCAAUUCCAAUCAUCGUUCUACUUCACCCUCAAUGGCAAGCCUCUCUCCGAUCAUACCUCUCUCCCCCAAAUCCCCCCUCUCUACACCCUCACCCUCCGUCACCGACUCCUUGGCGGCGGCGGAGACGGCGGCGCAACCGGCGCCGAGUCCCGCGACUGUUACCUUAACAUGUACGCUGACAAGAAACCCGACAAGGUGGACCCCAACGAACAGAGACUCUCCAAGUGGCUGAAUUGCGCUCUCUCGAACGAACCCUUGAGGGAACCCUGCGUGAUUGACAAGCUUGGAAACAUUUUCAACAAGGAAUCGUUGGUGGAAGCGUUGUUGGGGAAGAAGCUUCCGAAGGAGUUUGGGCACAUUAAGGGUUUGAAAGACAUGAUCAAUAUUCACCUUUCUUCGAUUCCCGGUGUGGAUGAUGGGGCAAAGUUUCAGUGUCCCGUUGCUGGGCUUGAAUUCAAUGGAAAGUAUAAAUUUUUGGCUCUUAGGAAUUGUGGGCAUGUUUUGAGUGCCAAGGCUUUGAAGGAGGUUAAGUCCUCUUCUUGUUUGGUUUGUCAUAAGGAAUAUGAUGAGGUUGAUAAGGUUGUCAUCAAUGGGAGUGAAGAAGAGGUUAAGGUUUUGAGGGAGAGGAUGGAGGAGGAGAAGGCCAAGACUAAGGAGAAGAAGAAUAAGAGGGUUAAGGGUGAUGAUGGUGUGAGUUUGGAAGGGUACUCAAGGUUGAGUGGUAACAGGCAUGGGGUUGAUGUUAAGGCUUUGGCUAAGGUGGAAGGCAAUGGGAAGGUAGCUAAUGGCAAUGUUGGUUUGAGUGGUGUUGUUUCUGCAAAGCGUUUCAAGGCUAUUGAUGUGGCUCCGGCAAAUGCUACCAAGGAUGUGUAUGCAUCCAUUUUCACUUCGUCCAAGAAGUCUGAAUUUAAAGAAACAUAUUCUUGUAGAUCGCUGCCACUUGGUAGAAACUGAUUGUGGUGCUGUCUGGUUCACUACUGUCUGCUGUUUUAUUGUUGUUGGAUGGACUGAAUUUUACUGGCUGUAGAAAAGAUUGACUUUUCCCGUGAUAUCUUUACUUGUUUCAUUACCAGCUGAUCAUUAUGGUUAAUUUGUUUUAAAGGAGUUUUGUAAACAUCUAUAUAUUUGGUAGAUUUUAUAAG